UACUUUCUUUUAAGAUCCCAGGAAGAGAAACCAAACGCCUCUGGUGGCGCGUGGGCAGCGAGUGGAGGAGACGCGGCGGCCAGUGAAGAGUGGACGGCGGCGGUGGUGGCUGGGAAAUGGGUUCUCGAGAGAGAAAGAAAGCAGCAGCUUCGUCUCUGAAUCAUCACAAGUCUAAAGAAUUUCGUGCCUCCACAAGCUCUAGUGCUGUGGUGAAUGUGGAGAAUUUAGAGAGAGGAUUUCUAAUAAACGUGUUUUCAGAAAGGAAUUCACCGGGAUUAUUGGUUCAGAUUCUAGAAGCCUUUGAAAAACUAGGACUUGAAGUUCUCGAUGCAGACGUGUCUUGUUCCGAUUAUUUCCAACUUCAAGCUAUUGGAGAAGAGAAUGAAGGCACCAAAAUCAUAAAGGCUCAAGUGGUGAAAAAUGCAGUGAAGCAAGCAAUCAUGGAAUGGAGUGAAAGCGGAGGAAAUCCAAGCAUUUCCGUUGGCUGCCGGCAAACAAGAAACAGCGGUGGUUUUUUUCUUCUUCGUCAACAAAGAAUCAAGGGAGAGGAUCCGUCUCAGUUUUUUUUUUUUUUAUAAAGGAGAAGCUUCAUUAAUCAUGGAUGCUACACAAAACUUCUGUGUUCUGUUUCAAACGAUUUGGUUGAGAGGCUGUUGUUUGACCAUCAGGGAGAAGAAUUCGAGAGAGAUAACGAACGAUUGUAAUGUGGAGGAGUUUCGUACUGACGAGAAGAUGCAUUUCAACUUCUGCUUCGAAGGCUCCCAGUCUCGGAUGGUUCGAUCAUGUGAAACCGGCUCCGAAGGAUCCAAUCAUCGGUGUUACGGAGGCUUUCUUGGCUGAUUCGAGCCCUAACAAGAUCAACCUUGGAGUGGGAGCUUAUCGGGACGAUGAGGGGAAACCGGUUGUGCUUCAAUGUGUUAGGGAUGCUGAAUCGAAAAUUUCCGGGAGCGAGUUUUUAGAGUCAAUUUCUGCUGCGGUGAGUUCAACAUUUGUGGAGGAGAGUGUUAAGUUGAUUUAUGGAAAGGAUUCAGAUGUUAUCAAGAAACAGAGAUUUGCUGGACUUCAGGCACUUUCUGGAACUGGAGCAUGCCGACUGUUUGCUGAAUUUCAGAGGCAUUUCCAUCCCGAUGUUCCAAUUUUCUUGCCUGAACCAACUUGGUCUAACCACCACAACAUUUGGCGAGAUGCUCAAGUGCCAGUGAGAUCCUACCGCUACUAUCAUCCGGAUUCUAAGGGUUUAAAUUUUGGAGCAUUCAUGGAUGAUAUCAAGAAUGCCCCAGAAGGUUCCUUCUUCCUGCUCCAUCCUUGUGCUCACAACCCAACUGGUGUCGACCCAACGGAUGAACAAUGGCGCGAAAUUUCAAAUCAGUUGAUGGUGAAACAUCACUUUCCCUUCUUUGACAUGGCGUAUCAAGGUUUUGCCAGUGGAGAUCUUGAAGAGGAUGCCAAAGCUAUACGGCUAUUUCUUGGAGAUGGACAUUUAGUUGGAUGUGCUCAAUCCUUUGCCAAGAAUAUGGGUUUAUAUGGACACCGGGUUGGUUGUCUAAGUGUUCUUGGCAAAGAUCAACAGCAAGCGAUGAUAGUAAGAUCUCAGCUUCAGCGACUGGCCAGAGCAAUGUAUAGCAGCCCUCCCAUUCAUGGUGUGUUAUUAGUCUCAACAAUCUUGAGCGAUCCACUUCUGAAAGCUGAAUGGAUUGAAGAACUGAAGGUCAUGGCUGAUCGCAUUCGAUCUAUGAGAGCUAGUUUAUUUGAUAACCUUGAGAAAUUGAAUUCUCCUCUCAAUUGGGACCACGUAGUCAAGCAGGUUGGAAUGUUUUGCUAUUCUGGAUUGAACUGCGAGCAGAUUGAUCAGCUGGCGACGGAUUUUCAUAUAUACAUGACUCGGGAUGGACGUAUGAGCAUGGCAGGUGUGACGACGAGAAACGUAAGCUAUAUAGCGAGUGCAAUGCAUCAAGUGAGUAAUUACGAUCCAGAGUCUUUAAAUGUCUCCAAUGUUAGUUUCUAGUGGCUUCAACGUAAGAAUAGUUCAAUUGAUUAGGUUUAGCGUCUUACUAUUCAAAUCUUCCUAUUCUCGAUUGUAUAGCUCAGCCAAUCAAACAAUCACACGUCUUCAAUCAUAUUUAUUUAUAA